AUGGGACACACCAGCAAGGACACGCUGGUCAAGACGCAACGCUCAACAAAAGGAAUUCCAAAUAUCAAGCAAAAUGAGCAAACAUUGUGUGCUGGGUGUUUAAAGGGCAAGCAAACAGUCACGGCAAUUCCAUCUCGCUCGAUUACAAAAACGACAGGUGUGGUGGAACGCGUACACACAGAUGUCAUGAAGCCUAUGAGGGCUUUCUCGAAGGGUGGUGCCAAGUACUAUCUUACGUUUGUGGAUGAUUACAAGAUAUUGGCGAUUUCUACAAUCAAGAUUAGGAGUGAAGUGGCUGGUAAGUUUAAGGAGUUUCUGACGCUUUGCGAGAACCGAUAG